AUGAACUUUCUGGAUGAGGUCCCUUUCAAGAUCCCAAAUGGCUCUCCAGAGGAACCGGUGGAGGAGAUCCAGCUAGUGUCUGCCCCGGAGCUCACGGUUCCUGACUACCUCCAGAUACUGAGGGAAACCGAGUAUGAGUUCACUGUGGAGAACUGGGUGUUGGCAGGGCUGGAAGGAGGCUACCCGAGGGUGCCGCAACCAGCCUUACCACAGUCCCCUUCUGAGGUUCUGCCUUCCUGCCCACCGUAUUGGCUAAUGUUCAGCAGCCCCCAGGAGAGCCGACUGUCCAGCCGGAGGAACAGCGACCUGUGGGAGCCUUCCCCGCGCAUGAGGAGUCACAGCCUGAACGCAGCGGCCAGUAUGCAUCACCUGGCACCCAGGGUCAACUUCCUCAUCUCUGAUUCUGAAGGAGAUGAUGGCUACUCUGAGGAUGAUGAGGACUCCACUGCCGGAGAAAAAGUGUCUCUCCUCAGUGAAGGGAGAGAGGCAGCGCGUGGCUCAUUGAUGGGGGACAAGCUCCCAGACCUUAAAGGUCUCCGCUCCUCUCAGACUAGGCAGGGAUCAUUCAUCCCAAACUGGAAAGACUUCAGACAGUCCUCGCUGACCGUGCUGGACACCUCGAGGGGACUCACCCCCCAGGGGCGAGUCCAGAGGCAUCUGAAGGGUAGGCAGCAGUCACUCUGCCACGUUGACCCAAACCAUUCCCUGAGCCCGCUGAUGUCACCUCCAUCCUCAGCUCCAUCUAGCAACUUGGAGUCAAAGCCUUCUACUGAUGAAUACAUCUCUACCAUGAAGAAUCAUCAUCUGCCCCUGACCCCCUACCCCUGCCUGGCCGCGGCCGCCUCGGCAGCUCGACCCCUGAGUUCCCACACUUCCAUGCCGGACUCGUCAGCAGAGCUGCUGUCUGCUCUCAGCCAGGAGGAGCGGGAUCUCCUGGAAGCCAUCGUGGCGCGGGGCUACCCACUGCGCACGGCCAUCAUCACCCUGGAGAAGACGGGCUGGCAGAGUCCAGAGCAGAUACUGAGCUACCUGGUGGCCUGUGACCGACUGUGCAAACUGGGCUAUGAUGAGGCCCAGGUGCAGGAGGCACUAGAGAUGUUCCAGAACUGUGAGACAAAGGCAGCGGAAUUCCUGCACCUCCUGACUCAGUUUAAUGAGAUGGGCUUCCAGCAGAACACCAUUAAGGAGGUGCUCCUGGUUCAUGAGAACCACCGAGAACGAGCACUGGAGGAGCUGAUGAUGCGUGUAGCAUGACAGACAAGUUCUCUCUACGGACGAUUCCCAUAGAUCAGCAACAUACACUGAAAGUUACAAAUAUUACAUAUUUCAUCCAACAUAUGAUACAAAGUUGUUAAUAGUAGCUAAUCUAUUUCAACCCCCUUAACACAUGUCUGUCCACAGAGAGAGAACAAAUAAACUGACAUCUACAAAGGAUAUUUAAUAUCCAGACACUGCUAUGUGACAUGGCUUUAUAAAACCUGGAGAUUAUCACUUAAGUUGAGAUAAAAUACACUGUAUGACUGCAACCAGUCUAAACCAAUAAAAUUAUUUUUAAUUAACUGAG